ACCUGCGGAACUAGGCUCAUCUGUUGUCACUGUGUCCUAUUUUGCUUUUGCUUAAAAGCCAGCAAACGUGUUUCUCUUCCCUUCCUAAUAACAAAAAAGCCCCUUAUUCUCUCUAUCAUUAUUAUCUCUCUCUAUCUCACACCAAAAAGAAACACACACUAGAGAUAGCUGCUACUAUACAAAUUCAUCGAAAUGUGCAAUUCUGAUGGUGAUUGCAGACCCUUAGGUUUUCUCUUGGGCCUUCCCUUCGCCUUUCUCUCCCUCCUUCUCUCAAUCGUUGGCCUUAUUGUCUGGAUCGUUGGGUUGCUUUUGACCUGCAUAUGUCCCUGCUGUUUGUGCUUAACGAUAAUAGUGGAGCUUGCUUUGGAGUUGAUAAAGGCUCCUCUGCAUGUUAUGGAGUGGUUCACCUCUAAGAUUCCUUGUUAGCUGUUGAUUUUUCCAAUUGUAUCAGAAAGUUCUAGUCUUGUGUUUGGUUGGUGGCUUAGUGCUGGUUCCUUUAAUCUCAUCUUCUUUUUAAUAAUUUUUCCUUUUGGCUUCGGUGAGAUUGAGAAUUUUAAGAUGACUUUAUUCUUGAUUUGUGUGGUUGCUGUUUAUUCUGAAAAUUGACAAUUCAUAGUAGAUUGUUGUUUCUUACGCAUAUAUUAAUUAUAUCAAUGAGUUUAGUUCGGUUUA